UUCGUAGUCGGGAUCCUGUUGGUCUCGAAUCGUUCCGGGCCCGCCCUGGAAACACCUGCUACUGCUCCGAAACAGGACUGCCGGAGGUGCUUCAGGCUAGUCCCUCGAAGUUACUUUGCAUCCUUCAACUAACUCGGAACGCUUUUGAUUCCGGUUGAGAUUCUUGGGACAUUUGAUCCACCGAAGGAGAAACAUGGACAACGGGGGAGGGAGCGAACCGCGGCUCUUGCCUCGAUUGUGCUGCCCAGAAAAGGGGCCGAACGGUUACGGCUUCCAUCUACACGGGGAGAAGAGCAAAACGGGCCAGUUCAUCCGGUUGGUGGAGCCCGAUUCCCCGGCCGAAAAAUCCGGUCUGAAGGCUGGGGACCGCUUGAUAGAAGUGAACGGAGACAACGUAGAGAAAGAAAGUCACCAGCAAGUAGUGAACCGCAUCCGAAAUUCUGCCGGGUCGGUCCGCUUGCUUGUUGUAGACUCGGAGACCGACCAGCAUCUGCAGAAACUGGGCCUCCAAUGCUGCGAAGAAUUCAUUCGUGGGCUGCCUGAGAAACCCGAGGCGAGGAGCGGCGACGAGGAGGCUGCCCAGCAGGACCAGGAGAACGAAAUGAAAGCGGAUGGAGAGGAAAACCACCACGCUGCCCAGCGGAAAGACUUGAGACCUCGUCUCUGCCAGAUGAAGAAGGGCCCCAAUGGGUACGGGUUCAACCUCCACAGUGAUAAGACAAAACCAGGCCAAUACAUCCGGGCUGUGGAUCCAGAUUCUCCAGCUGAAGCUUCAGGGUUGCAGCCUCAAGACCGUAUCAUUGAGGUGAAUGGGCAAUGUAUGGAAGGCAAGCAACAUUCAGAUGUUGUUUCAGCCAUAAAGUCUGGUGGAGAUGAGACCAAGCUGCUGGUAGUGGAUAAUUUAACAGAUGAAUUCUUCAAGAAGUGCAAAAUCAUCCCCUCUGAAGCACAUCUGAAAGGUCUUUUACCAGAACCAGUUGCCAAUGGUGAUGUGGAGAAGGGGAGCCUUAGAGAUGAACAAAUGGAGAUUAAUCCUGAAAGCCCUUCUAGCCCUGUGACCGUGUCUCCUUCUUCAACUCUAAGUGAACCUUCCAUUGAGCUGUACUCUCAAGAGAAGGAGGACAAACUCAGCACCACAUCCGAUCCCAUUCUUGACUUGGACAUCCCACUGGCAGUAGCCAAAGAGCGCGCCCAUCAGAAACGUACCAGCAAACGGGCACCACAAAUGGACUGGAGCAAGAAAAACGAACUCUUUAGUAAUCUGUGAAACCCCCAAGCAGGGAGGUGAUGUAAGGGCAAUAUUGGAAAAUCUGGCCAGAUCAUGCCUCCCCCUUCCCCUUCUCCUACGCAUUCCUGUCCCCUAGAUACAUUUCCGUGCCCUUCUUCUCUUCCCCUCCCUUUGCUUGGAAACGUAGAUGCAAGAUCUCGUCUUGCCCUGGGUCACCUGAAAGGGCAAACGCAUGGCCUGAUAAUGCUGCCUGCACUAUGUUGGAGAAGCAGUUGUAUUUAAAGAGGAUGAUGAGACAUUUUCAUAUACCCUCUAUAAAUAGCUUAAACUAGCUUGUGGAUGUGAAUCCAAACUGAAUUUGGUGUCUCUGUUGGGUCUGUAGUAGAAGACACAUACACAUAUCUAUAUAUAAAGAGAAUGUAUGCACAGGACAAGGAUGUAAUACGUCAGGUGCCACACUGAAAAGGGGGACAGUGUGAUGCAUAGCUGUACUGUAGGUCCAUUAACUCUUAAGAUAGCUGAAGUUAAACAUUCUAAAACUAUUAAUCCCUAUAGAUCUCAACUGGCUCUCUUCAGAGAAAUCAUGUUGGAUGCUGAUUGAACUAUUCCAGGCUAUGUCCUAUCAGGACUAUAGUCUAAGCUUGCAUAGAGUAUUUUAAUUCCUAAUUUGAUUACAAAUGAACAUCCUUUCGUGGGGCAGUUCCUCUGUCCUCUUUUCAAGGAACUGCUUUGCUACGAGUGGAGAGAAACACUUCUGUUGCUCUAUCGUCUUCUCUCUUUUUUGGUAAAGACAUUCCUGGAUUGCCACUGCAAGAAAGGGCUUAGUAGGCAAGACCCAAUACUUCCUGCUUCGUGCUUUGGAGGUUUCAAAGUGUGGGAAGAGGAAUAAUUGAAAGCUGUUGUAGCAACCAGCCUGUGAGAUUUGCUUUCUUUUGGCCAGGGGAUGUGGUAAGGAGUCGCACCUAAUGCAGCAGCUGAAAGCACACAAGGAUAAUAUCCUACGCUCAAUUUACUCCAGAAAUGGAGCCAAUCAGGGUUUUCAAUAAUCAUGAUUAAUUAUUAACAACUUACUGAUAAUAGUGUUUCAUUUCUGGAAUUGUUUUCUAAUUAUGGCUCAUUUCCCUGUAUCUGUGUAUAGUAUAAAAAUCAUUCCUCUUCCAUAAAUUUCUGUUUUGUUUUUGUUUUCCUUGAUUAAUGUUUGAUGUCAAAUGUAAGAGAAUCUGUUUACUGGAGCAAAAUGCUGCCUUGAUUUUGUGUGCUUAUUUUAAAUUAAGGAUUGUUUUUUUUUUUUGAAAGCCACAUACACAGGUCACAGUGUAUGCGAAAGUUGCAGUCUGUAUUAGAUUAACCAAUCUCUCUAGUCUUAUAAUUUAACUUAUAACCUUAACUGGGGUAGAGUGAGAGCUGUUAAUCCAAGGCCAGCAGCUGGCUGAUGUAAUACAAAUAACACACAUACACACAAUAUUUUUCCAGUCUCCAAAUAAGAAUAGAUGAGCUUCUGUCUCUGCUUGUUGGGCUGGAUAAUAUAUCAGACUUCGGGAUGAUAGAAAUUACCAUUUUACCUGCAAUUGUUUUCUUCUUUUUUUCCCCCCUGCCAAAUUAGGUGAGCAGAGCCAUGUCAAUACUCAACCAAAACUAAAAAUAAGAUUGGUACGGCUAUAUGUAGGAGAAACUGGGCACCAUCAUCAACCUCUUUUUUAGCCUAGCUCUGUUUCUGGGGCUGGAGAGAUGCAUUACAGGAUCUGCUUCUGCUGGAAACUAGAACCACAAGCCAGCCUAUUCCAUAAAUUUCAAAGGUUGUGUUUGUAGAAUGAAGAAGUCUUGUUAAAACAAGCUAUAUAUUUAAGGCCAAUGUGCCGCUCUUAGCCAGAAAGUUCAAGUAAGAAAUUACGAUUUUGCAUUCAUAUUCAUCAGGUGAUGCCAGUAAGAGUAGAGAAGCAAUUUGUCCACAAGACUGUCCCACCUUUCAUUUUCCAUGUGUUGCUUGCUGUCAAAUGUGAUAUAAUGUGAUUAUCUCAAGUAGUUCCCAAAUCAAUGUUCUGGGCCUUGUACUUGGGAACCAUUUUACAACAGGCAAUCAGGCAAAGGCCAAAGAAGAUUAGGAAAGCAAAGGCUUUAUUAAAUGGCUCUCCCAUUCUUCAUUAAAGCCCACAAGGAUCUUACCCCCCUCUAGGUGGCUCAGUGGCUAAAACACUGAACUUGUUGAUCAGAAAGGUCGGCAGUUUGGCGGUUCAAAUCCCUAGUACAGGACUUCUGCGUGAGCAGGGGGUCGGACUAGAUGACCUCCAAGGUCCCUUCCAACUCUUGUUACUGUUAUUACUGCUUGAUAAAAAGUUGACCAAUCUGAUUUGUGUGUGUGUGUGUGAAAGUUAUUAAAAAUGACUGAAUGAGUUAGAGUGGGAGAGACUAAGUAUCCAAAUUCAGGAUAGGCAGAGGUAACGGCAGUUUACACCUGAAUCCAAGUUGGUUCCCAAUUUAGGCACUGAUCAGAUUUAGGCUCGCUUGGUUUCAAAUAUGUUUUGAAGCAGGCCAUAAGGUUUGGAGAGUGCUUGGGGUUUGCUAACUUAAUUAUAAAUCAGUUGAUUGAUAGCACCCCAUUGGCCCCAAAGGACUUUCUCGUGGGAUGGGUUGCCAGAGAAGCCAUGUUAAUAUGUUGCUGCAAAAAUAGCCAAGAACCUUAUGUCACCUUAAAAGCCAACCUUUUUAAUGCUUCUGUGACUUAUUAUUCAUUUAAUCAAAGGCACAGUAAUAAACCCAUCAUUUUUCUGAAGAAGUGGACUUGGACUCCAUGGAAGUCCAUUAUUUAUUUACGGCAUAAUCAGUUGAUUACAUUAAUCUACCAGUGGGGCCGCAAUAAAAUGUGAAGAGCUUCUGGGCACAGCUACUUUACUUAGCUUCCGUCCUGAACUCUUCAUUUCAAAAUAUUUCCCUUUCAAUUCCUGCUACUCAAGAUCAUGAACGGUAAACAGGAUCCAUCCUAGAGAGACUGUUUGAAGUAUGUUUGCUUUUAGAGCUCUGACUUUUCCUCCUCCUGAUGAAAACGGUUUGUGCUUUGCAAUUAUUUUUUUUCCAGAGAGCCUUGGAAACCACCAUCCUUAUGUGUUCACGUAACAUUAAUAUUGGCUUGAAAGAGAAGCUGGCAGAUCCAGCUUUGAGAAUAGCUUGUAAUGAGGCUUCUUAUUACAAGUCAAACUACUUUGGAAGGGCAGAGGGCAGGGCCCACUGAUAGGUGGGGAUGAGGGUAGAUCAUGAAGCAACACCAGAUUCAAAUCUUUGAAGAAUUCCCCAUGAUGCCUUUAUAGUUUUAAGCCAAUAAUCUCUUAGAAAGAGUCACCCUAUAAUAGUUAAAAUCUCCAAAUUGUUUCCUUUUAACUAGGCCAGGCCUGAUUAUCCAGCCGUCACUGUCUGCUUGCCAGAGGGGUACAAGUCACCUGCUGGAUAUCAGUUUGCAAACUAUUUCCAUUUUAUUGUAGGGUCAGAGCUGUCACACAAAUCUUAAACCCGGUAAUAUUAUAAAGACUUUGGCCCACGUCAAAUCAGCAUUAGCAUUUAAUAGGCUGAAACCUGCUUUAUAAUUCCUCAGUGUACCAGGUUGCUCAGCUAAUUCAUGUGUUCCCUGAAAAUGGUGUAAUUUACAGCACAAUCCUAGGCAAAUUUAAUGACUGAAUAAAUCCCAUUGUGUACAGUACAGCUUAUUCCCAGAUAAGUAGAUAUUAAACUUUCUGCCUUUGCUUAACAAAUCCUGCCUGACUUCUAAGUGCAAUGUCCAAUGUAGUGGAAACUGAUAACAACUUACCUGCCAUUUUUCUGUCCAUGAACUCCAGAGCAUCAGGACUUCAUUCAUGCAUCAAUAAUAUAUAAACAGCAGUGCAAACAAGAACUACGUCCAGAAACAGCUUUAGAAAUGCUAGCCAUAUUCUGUUUUUUUGAGGGGGGGGGAGGGAGAACAGGUUUUGGCUUUUCACUCAAAGCCAGCACAUGGACGUUGGUUGGUUUUUCUCUCAGAAAAGUCCUCAUUCCGUCAUGGUAGGUUGCAUUAAAGUAUUAUUGUCAGGGCCACAUGAAUGUUUACUCCUCCUCCUCCUCUCUGUCAGCAUAUGUCAGUGUGUUUUAUGCUGCUCUGAUGACAAAACUCUAACCUACCUCAGUAAAGAAGCAAGUAAUCCUGCCUGCAUAACUUAAUUAUGUGGCCAUUUUUAAGGGCAGCACUCCUAUCCAGUGUAUGGGAGGGUGGGGGUGGGGAACAGGUAUCCAUGGAACAUUAGUUUCUGAGGUGCUUCACCGCUUUAAGUUCUCACUUAGUUUUUUUCUGAAGAAGAAAGAAGAAUAAACCAGUCCACCGGUCUUCUGAAAGACUGGUAAAUCUCUGUCUAAAUGUAGUCCAUCUGAUAGAUUGGAGGUGGGGUAAAGGAUGAAGUGGGAGGCAUCUCACAUUCCAUUUUAAGAGAGUUCCUUCCCACUUUGUCCUGUCAGCUGGGCAAAGUUUUACCAGUCCUCUAGCAGACAUGUUCUUUCUUCCUAACACUGGAGCUGGAAUGUCUUAGUCAAUUUUAUCCUAGCUUCCAAAUAUUCAAGAGUGAUACAUGCUCCAAGGUAACAAAACAAGGAAGAAAGUAGGCAGGUUUCUCAGUAGAAAUCAAGUUUCUCUUACAACUAAUGCUAAAAUGAUCAUGAUGAGUCAUAUUUAUUGGAGAGACAGUUAUGCUUGCAGCAAUCUCAACUAACAAAUAGGAGUUCACACAAUAGAAUCUGUGAUUAUGUCAUCACCAAGAUUAUGAUUAAGAAGUUACACAUCAUUUGUGCACCGAGCCUUGUGUGGGGAGAAGAAGGAAAUGCUACUGUUUUGGAAUAUAAAUGGCUGGUCCCUUGGUGAACUGGGGAUGAUAUGGAGGCUACAUCAUCUAAAUUUAAUUAGUGGGUCCAAUCAUUGUUGGAAAUAUGGAAAACAUGAAGGCUCAUUUAACCACACAUGGUGUGCAAGAAAUGAAUUACUGGAUAUAAACACACACAAUGAUAGAAUGUUAAAGAUUAAUAUUUACUGGAACUUUUUUUUAUUGAGAUUUAUGGAUAGCCAGUUAAAAAAAACCUGUGGAAGAUUGGUUUUGUAUAUAGUAAAUGCAGCAAGACUGUUGCACGCACAAAAUGGAAAAACACCAAACUACCCACAAUAGAGGAAUGGACCUGUGAAGAUAAUGGAAUGAGUAGAAAUGGCAAAAUUGAACUGUGUGAUGGGGACAAGAUAAUGUGCACUGUUAUUAAAGAUUUGAAACCUU